CUACUUUCGGUUACUUUUGCAUCAUCAUGACGAAGUGUAAUGAGAAAUAUUCAUAUUAUGCAACAAGUAUAAGAGGAGGAAUUUAUUGCUGUUUACUGUGUUAAUUGUAAGAUAUUGAUUUUUAUUUGGGUAUUUGUAAUAUAGGCUUUGUUUAUCUUAGGACUACGUCCAUAAUCAGUGCCGGAUUAGAACCAGUUGUCCACAGAUGAGUGUGGGGUGUGUGUGUGUGGGGGGGGGGGGGGGGGGGGGGGCUAAGGCAGACGAAAUUUUGCUCCCCCCCUUCACCCACCGCCAACACCCUCUUUCGCUACUUUUACAACAGCGCCAUCCCAUAUACUUAACUUUUUUAUUCCUUACAUGGAUCACGUUUGUUAUUCCUUGCUCAAAGUGUAAAUUAAACAAUGUUAAACAAGAACACUGAACACAAUUUGUGAAAAGGCAAAGGCGCACUUAAUUUUAUUUUGAUCUUUACACACACACACACAAAAAAAAGAAAAUAAUAAUAAUAAAGCCGGAGUUUGAUUUUUUAAUUUAAGGCAUAUCAUUAAUCAUUUAAGAUGUCAUUUAAUUUUAAGUGAGGUAAGAGACCUGGUGCACAUAUUAGUGUGUAGGCGUAGGGGGUGGUUUAUCAUUUUGUGUAAAGUGUUUUGGGGGUUGGUAGAGACUAAGAGAGCAAUAAUAUAAAACAAUUAUAUUUAUUUUUAAAAAAUGUAUUCUAAUUUUUGCGAAAUUUCUGCUUUUAAAAUUUAUGAAAUUAACUUGCAUACUCAACAAUAAUUAGCACAUAAUGACAUAAUAAUAAAAGACAUAGGCCUAUUUGUAAAACAAAUGAUUUCUAGCUUUUUGCUUUAAAUUUGCUUGUUUCUGUUGUUCUCUGCCUUUAUUCUGCUUUAGGCCCCCAGAUGGAAACAAAAUUAAAAAAUUAGUGAAUUUAAACUAUAAAUUCCCAUAUAGGCCUACUUCACAUACUCGAAGGGUAGCAAUUUUGCUAUAUACUGAGGGGCCCUUAUUUCAGGCUUUGCUCUGGAUUCUGGGUGCCGCUUUUCCUUGGCACCGUAAAGGCCAGGCCAGAAUAUAUAAUAUAUUUGUUCUAAUGUUAUAUGGACACUUCUUUGCAUUUGCUGGUCCAACAAUUUGGACCGCCCUUCCUGUCGCCAGAUACAACCAGACACUGGAGACCUUUAAAACCAAUUUAAAGACAUAUCUAUUUCGCAAACACCUUCUGGGAUGAUAAUGAUUGUCUACCAUAUUUUCCAGUUAAUGCAUAUUGGCUGUGUUGCUUAGGGUUGAAAUGGGUAGAAAGAUUUUGACUUGGUAUGCUUGCAAUUAGUUUUUGUUGUGGUUCGUUUGUUUUAAAUGUGGUAAAUUAUAGCCUUUGUACCGGGCUUCAAGCCUGUGGGGAUGAAGCGUGUUUUUGAAAUAAACAUUAUUAUUAUUAUUAUUAUUCUUUUUCCCGAAUGAAGCUUCCUGCAGGAUAAACCAUGUGGGCUGAGUGUUUGAUCCUUAAUCACCAAUCCAACCAAACCACUUAAAAAAUCUCCUUACCAAAUAUGCUCACUAACAACUCGAGUAUUACAAAACACAAAUCAAAACACUCACUCAUCGAAAAAAUCAUUAACAGUCUCCUGAUUUUAUAUUCAGGGCUUAUGAGCUGAUGGCAGAAGGAGGCAUUCUGGGUAAUUCACCUUUUAUACUUUUUUUAAAUUAAGGAAAAUCUGAUCUGAUCUACUCCUCAUUAUUAGUUAAAUAAUUUUUGUAAUAUAAACAAAGGAACGGAUCAGUAAAUUAAAAAUUGUAUUUUACUAGUUUUAACCCUUUUGGAAUGGAGCCUUUUCGGGGUGUCUGUGCCAAAAGACGGAGCACUUUUUAUGAACUCGGCACUCACAUUGCAAAAAAAUUUAUAAAAAAUAUGCUAUUUACAUAUAUAAAACUCCUCAUCCUCAUGUCCCUUAGUCCUUGGACCGUUUGGGCGCCACAGAUGACAUGUGAACCAUCCUCCUCCAUUCCUCUCUGUCUUCAGUACUACGCACUGCAUCGCCCAGUGUUAGUCCUGUCCACUCUUUGAUGUUAUCCUCCCACCUUUUCCUUUGUCUUCCUCUUCUUCUCCCUCCUCUUGUGGUGCCCUGCAAUAUUUCUUUGGCAAGCCCUUGUUUCCUUGUUACGUGGCCGUAUCAUUGUAGUGAGAUUUUUUUCACAGUCACCAGUAGGUCAUCGUACUGACCAAUUGCCUGACGAACCCUUUCUUUCACCAUAUCAUAUAUAUCAUGUACAUAUAUAUAUAUUCUUUUAGAAAAUUGAAUAAGCUAAUACACUAUUUAUAAAUCAAACUGAAGUCUCAACAUUUAUGCAAAUGGGCUGUCCUGAUUUGCAUAAUUUAUGUGUGCAAUUUUUGGUUAAACUGAGAAUAAACAUGACUUACCAGUGUGAAUUCUGUGAAUUUUUUGAUGGAUGAAGCAUAAAUAGAACCUAACACAUGUGUUUUGGGAAAUAAGGCCCAUGGAGGCUUUUCAGACACCCCUGGCACAGAGUUCUACUUUUUUUCCUGCCCACGGGGUACUUUUCGGUUGCUACAGACAGAGCAGUCCUUUUCAACAUUGUGCACCCAAUUAUGGUUUAUUUGAACUGGCUGUUACUGAGAAAGUUGUCUGCAUACUUAUUAUAGGCUCUAUUUUUUCUAAAAAUUAAUAGGGGUCCUCCCUAUCCAAUUCAGAACCCCUAAUCCUAAAUCAAGGUUUCACAACAUUAUCGUAAACAUAAUCAUUUUGAUUAUCUUUAUUAAUUUCCUGGUUGUUUUCAUCAGUGUCAGAUUCAUUGCUAGACAGGGAGAAAUCAGAAUCACUAUGCACGAUUUGAUCAGAGUCACUGUCAGACAUGUUUGAAUUUCACGAUAUAACUAUACACACACAAAAAAAUUCCUGCACACAAAUAAAUUUAGUUCACCAUCAAUGAACGCCGCCAUUACAAUCACGGGAUAUGCAGGAAUAUGUACGAAUAAAUUUGAUUCGCUGGUACAAUGCCAAGCCAGCCAAUCACUAGGCUCAAUUUAUUGGGCCGAUGGUUCGGACAUUUGUAUUUCUCACUAGUCCACCUUAGGCCGGUAGAUUGGCCCUUACGUCUCAAGAGGGUUAAAAAUCUUUGUGAGAGACAGGUUUUUGAGCAUUUAUCAUUUGAUGAAAUAAAAAAAAUUAAAAUUAAAGAAAGCACAACUUAAUUUGUUGUAAUGCAUGCUGUUUUGAAUAUGUCUUGAAAGUAAUAUUUAAAUAUUCCAGUGUUUGAGUGCAAGCAAGAUAAAAUGUAUAUUAAAUGACAUCAUGUAAUGGUAGUGCAAGGUUAUAAUUUUUUAUUACCUACCUUUCGCAUCCAGUACUAAAUAUUUAGAAGUAAAGUAAUAUAUUUUUAAUUAUAUUUGUAACAUUUCAGGUGUGAAUUACCUCAUGGAGCAAACUCAACUGGCAGAAGGAGAGGAUAGACUAGAACAAGAAAAUGAGCUCUUUGCUUUGGAGGCUAUAUUUGAAAAUGAGGACAUAGAAAUCUGCAAGCAUGACAAUCCGAAUGGUCACCCGCCUGGUAAUUGUAGAAAUCAGUUGCUAGAUGAUCACGUAAAAUCAUUUGAUCAUUUUCACACUAAAUGUUUUAUAAAUAAAGUCAGCCUCAUGAAUGAUCAAUAUAUCAAAACAGGCCUAUACAACAUGUAUGUCUAUGAGAUGUGUGUUGGAAAAAAAAAUUACAUUAAGGUUGCUUUUUUGUUCAUAACUCACAAAAAAAUCAAUUUAAUUAACAAGAAAAUAAACUUUUGAUAUUCCAUUGUAAUUAUCUAGUGUUCAAUGUUUAUUUGAAAAUAUAAAAUGCAUUAAUUUGUAAAUUAAAAUGAUAUAUUAUUUUGUUUAAGUUUCCACUUGAAAAUGCUUCAAAUAAUUUUUACAGGUGGGAUAUUUAAUAUUCCAAUUAAAACGCCUGAUAACUUUUAUGUCAAGAUCACCAAAGACCUGCGUUUGAUAAGGAAUAUGACAUUUUGUAAGUUUUCAAGUUUCGUAGUGCAUAAACUAAUGGACUCUUAUUGAUUGGCAGUGCCAAUGUCAAAAUAUUACUGUUAUAAUAAAAUUAUAAGUUAAUUUUUGUUUGUGAACGAGAAGGGGGAAGGUUUCAUUAUUGUUUUUGUAGUAUUUAACAUAAACAUAAUAUUUUUUGUACAAUGGUUGGAUAGUAAUAAUGAAGUGACUAUUCAAAUGAAGAGAGGGCAACAUGCUCUGCAAAUAAAACACCCACAGUGCCAAAUAACUUUAAACAAAUUGAUUUGGUUUUAAUUACAAUAGUUUUUUUAAAUAAAACAAUGAAAGGUCCACUAGAAAGAUAUCCAUAUUUAUUUAAAACAUUCAGAUGAAAAUGUUAAAAUAUUAAAAUAAUACAUAUAUUUUCUUUUCUUUUUUUUUUCUGUUGUCCUUGCAGCUGGCAGAGGACGAGGUUGGGCUCAGAAAAGGGCACAGCGAGAAGCAGAGAAAAAGAAGGAGCUUGAAGUGAAUCAUUCAGAGCCUCACUACAUCAGCAGCACAUCUUCUAUUGCUGGAUCAGAGAUCUUAUAUCACAUAAAACGGCUUCCACCUGUCACACUCACAUUUUCAUAUCCUCGUGACUACCCCUCCGCAAACCAACCCAAUUUCACUCUGUCCUGUUGCUGGCUGGAAAAAAAAAAUGUAAGCUUUCCACAUUUUAAAAAUGAAUUAAGAAAAAGGUUAAACCUUCAACCUCAGGAUAGGACAAAAGAGCAUAUUAAAUUAUAUUUUUACUUGGUACUAUCAGAGCCAGAAAAUAUAAAAAAUCCAAAAUACCUUGAAAUAUCACAAAAUAAAAUAAGCACUUGGCUCCACUGAUGCUUUUUAAAAAUUUAAUCUAUAUUUAGAACUACAUUAAUUCAAUUUAUUUUAAUAUAUAUAGUUUUAUAUUUUAAAAAAAAAUUGUUUGUUUCCCCGACUGUUUAUGGGAGUAGAAAUUGAAAUGUCACCAAUGCAUUCUAAAAAAUUGGCUUUUAACAUUGACCCUAGAUAUUUUUAAAUAUUUAAAAAUCCUUCAUAUUAACUUCGCUUUUUUUCGUGUAUUUCUGGAUGGCAAAAUCUUCCUAUGGCUAAUUGACCCACUUCCUAUCAACUUAUUGAGUUGAAACUUGGCACGUAGACUCAUUGCCAAUGAGCACACAUUCUUUAAAGUUUUCAGCUCCACCCCAACACCCAAUAAAUAAGUUUUUCCUUUUUUUCAAGGGGAAGAUGAAAGAAAUAUGAUGCCACAGAUCACGAAAUAAAAUUUCAGAUAGCUGCGCUACAUGAGAUUCUUUUUAAAAAAAAAUAAGUGUUUUUGUUGUGUAAUAUUUUCAUUUGUUUUUAUGAAACAAUUGAUUAACUAAAUCUGCGGUCUCAAAGCGGGUGGGUCAUUACAAUAUUAAUAUAAAAUAAUAAAAAAAUGCAUAUACAGGAUUUUUUAUAAAAACUUUGUUUAUAGGGGAUGUAUAUUAAACAGUAAUCCCUCUUUGUUAAUUUUAUACUUUAGAGCACACGCACACUUGGUAAAAAUAUUGUUCGAAUCAAAUGUGUGCAUUUUGUGUGUAUACCAUUUGUCUACAGCUGACCAGACUGUGUGAGAAGCUGGAUGACAUCUGGGCAAAACAUCGGGGCACAUCUGUGAUAGCGGAAUGGCAUGAUUUCUUGGACCAUGAAGUUAUAGCCUUUUUAGGUUUGUGUCAAGUUUUUAUGUUCAAGUCGUACCAAUUGAGUUCAUAUUAAAAGCUGUUGCAUGACAGGGUUUUUAAAGAAAAUGUUAGCAUUUAAUUAACAAUUUUUUGAACUCUUCCACACAUGUGAUUUUUAUUUUAAGAUUUAAUACAAUCCUGUAGAUAUUAAAAGUCCAUAUGAUCUGGGGCGUGUUUUGUCCCAUAUAUUCACACACCCACCUGGCCAGGAUAAAAAUGAUCACAAGCUUUUGAAGCCCAAACCUUUGGACAUCAGAGGGAUACAGACUUUUGGUAGCAUUGAGGAGGUCCUACCUGCGGUGAGUAUUCAGACGUCCACUGUGCAUAUUUUGUGAUGGUUGUUUUUUGAGCUCACCAAAACUGUUGAUAAUAUGAUAAGAUUAGAUUAUCUUGAUCCAAAUAAAUGUAAAUGUUUCUUGAUUACAUUGUACAUAUUCAUUUUCAGCACAUAAAUAAAUGCAUAUUUUAACCAAGACAACAUUUUACUAUUAUAACAAUUUAAUCACAAGGCAUCUUAAGUAUUUCUCUAGCGUAGAAAUUAGCCAUAAAUGAACUGCCUUAAUGACCAUAAUGACUUGUUUACUAUAGUGAUCUUUCAGAUGUGUUUACAUCUUUGGGAAAAAACCAGAAGAAAAAAUAAAAUAAUUAAAGUUAGUUAAUGAAGUUGUAGGAGAUGACUUGUACGGGUAUAGGGAAGUUAAAGGACUGGCAUAAUAUUGAGAGAGAAAAAAGUUUUUAACCACCAUAAUGCCACAGCUCGUUGUAAUUUGUAACAUAUGCUUUUGUACGUGACAGUCAUGAUUUUUGCACAUGAGACUGUGUGAAGCAAUAUUUAAGAAAAGCAAGAAGUUAGGGACUUAUUUUAUUGGCAGGAGCAUAAUUCAUGAGACUGAAGUGAGAGAGUUGGGCAGACAUCUUAGAUCAGAGGGGGCACAUUUUAUUAAUGAAUGUUUAAGAAGUGAUUCUAUAUAUUUUGGAGCAAAUAUCAUUUUGGUUUGGGGAUAUUAUUACUGUUAUUAUUCCAAUGAUUAUUUAUUGUGUUUCAGUGCUUAGUGUGUAAAAUUGGACUUGACAUUUCAUUGUGAAGUAGUGGCAGUAAGAGUUGAUUGAACUAUUUAGAUUUAGAGAACUAUCAUCACUGUGAGCCACACACACAGAAUGAAUAGUUACAUGAUUUUAUUAUUUAUAGGUGCUGGACUUUAACUUGGCCACUUGUGAUGUUUGCAUGGAGGAAAAAGCUGGCAAUGAGUUUCUGCGACUGGUGAACUGUGAAGAACAUAAGCACUGCAAGUCCUGUAGCAAGGGCUGGAUUGAGGCCAUGAUUAAUGAUGGUGCAGUGAGUGACCUUCGAUGUCCUGGCUACAAGUGUGAGAAAGCAAUAUUACCCACAGAGGUUAGCAAUGUUACUGCCAGAGGUUAGCCCCCAUCACCAGUUAUGUUAUAAUGUUAUUCCUCUUGCAAUAUUUACUAAGUAAAUAGCUAUGUUCUUAGCUAUGUUCUUAGCUAUGUUCUUAGCUAUUUCUUAGCUAGUUCUUAGCUAUGUUCUUUGCUAUGUUCUUAGCUAUGUUCUUAGCUGCUCUUGGUGCUGAUUUGGGUUACUCAAGUUUUGUCACCUGUUAACCAAAGAUGCAACUCUAGAUGUCAUCAACUCUUUUCCCCAGGUUGCUAGCGUUGUAUCUGAAGUGUUGUACCAGCGCUAUGAUAAACUCCUUCUCAAAACAGCCUUUGAUGUCAUGACAGAUGUGAUGAACUGUCCACGUUCCUUCUGUCAGUUCCCUGUUGUCCUUGAAGAUAAUCUGGGCCUGUGCCCCAAAUGCAAGCAUGCUUUCUGUGGUAGAUGUCAGAAUACAUAUCAUGGGCACUCACCAUGCAAGUUGAAAUCUGGUGCGUAAUGUCUGUACUGACCUCUUAUCAUACCAAUCCCUCUUUAAACUGUUGCAGUUUAGAUCGGAGAUUCCUCUGACACGAUUAAUUUUGUGAAAUUGAAAUUACAAUAUGCCAUACAACAUUACUCAAAAAAGUAUAUUAAAAAUCUUAAUAAUCUACAAAAUUUAAUUAAUGAAAACUUUGUUUUAUUCAAACUAUAAAUAAGAAAUAUUUGAUCUCACAAAGAACCCACCUAUCCCUCCACAGAAAUGUUUGCUCUGCUAUGUGAGGAAUACGAGUCCAGCACAUCUAAUCGCAAGCAGGAGCUUGAGAUGAGAUAUGGAAAACAAGUGAUUCAACGUGCCUUGGAGGAGACUAAGACCAAUAAAUGGCUGGAGUCUAACAGCAAACAGUGUCCCUGUUGCAGCACAUUCAUUCAGGUAGUCUAUUUAUUAUUCAUGCAUGGGCAGUAAUGUUGACCUGGAGUAAUGCCAGUGAAAUAAUGCAGUUGUUUCCUAUCAGUGGUACAUUGGGCCGUCAGUUGUACAUUGGGCCAUCAGUGGUACCUUGGGCCAUCAGUGGCACAUUGGGCCAUCAGUGGUACAUUGGGCCAUCAGUGGCACAUUGGGCCAUCAGUGGUACAUUGGGCCAUCAGUGGUACAUUGGGCCAUCAGUGCUACAUUGGGCCAUCAGUGCUACAUUGGGCCAUCAGUUAGUGGUACAUUGGUCCAUCAGUGGUACAUUGGGCCAUCAGGGGUACAUUGGGCCAUCAGUGGUACAUUGGGCCAUCAGUGGUACAUUGGGCCAUCAGUGCUACAUUGGGCCAUCAGUGGCACAUUGGGCCAUCAGUGGUACAUUGGGCCAUCAGUGGUACAUUGGGCCAUCAGUGGUACAUUGGGCAACAGUGGCACAUUGGGCCAUCAGUGGUACAUUGGGCCAUCAGUGGUACAUUGGGCCAUCAGUGGCACAUUAGAGAAGUUGAUAAAAAAUUUUUUUAAUUUUUUCAAAUUUUGAUUUACAGCCAUUCUGCUGCUGUUUUUUUUUUUUUUUCAAACAAUUUUUUAAAUUUAAAAUUCUAGAAUAGUAUUUUUUGAUGUUAUUGAAAGUUAAAAUAUUUUGUUUUGGAAAGUUAACAUUUUAUGAAUUGGGUUAUAUAUAAAGGUUGACAGUUACCUCAAUUUCUGAACAUUACAAUUCUAAAAAAUCUUGAUCAGAAUGUUACAAAAUAUAUAUAAUUUUUUUUGCAAUUUUAUUUUACACUUAAUUAUGCAUUCAGUAUUAUGAAACCUAUUCUGCGUUAAAGAUUUAUACAUAAAAUUAAAAGCAUUAUGAUAUCAUCCUUAUCAGUAUAAAUUACAAAAUAUUUGAUUGGGUAUCUGUUACACAAAAAAACAAAGCUUAUAAUGAACAUAAAUAGUUUGUUAGUCUGAACUCACAGUUUGACAAUGACACAUCUGAAUGUGAUCAAACUUGUCAGCUGCAGCCAUUUACUUAUCCUGAAACGUAAAACUUGUACACAACGCUUGAUACAACCCACUUGGGUAGCUUUAACAUCAAAUACCAUUUUAAAUUGUUGCAUUUCUGCCUACAGUCGUAAUGAUGUAAGCAGUAAUGAUGUAAGCAGUAAAGCCCAAAACUGUUAAUUGUGAGUGGUUGGCUGGAUAAUUAUUUAUCAUCUGACACGUUCAUAUGCACUUAGCGUUGUACUUGACCACUAGAAAAAUUCUGACGCACCAAAAGAUCUGCUAGAAAUGCACGAAGUUAUAUUUGACCAUUUUCAUUUAAUGUGAUUAUGUUGUCCUUGCAUGUGUAUGCUAUGGGUUUAAUAAUCUUCUUUAUAAUUGCCCAAACUAAUUUUUCAUAUGCCAUAUAAUUUUAGUAUGCCUAUGAAGUUUUUUUCCCACACCUAUUGGUGUGUAUAUUUCAACUUGUCCACACCUAUUGGUGUGUAUAUUUCAACUUGUCCAUACCUAUUGGUGUGUGUAUAUUUCAACUUGUCCAUACCUAUUGGUGUGUGUAUAUUUCAACUUGUCCAUACCUAUUGGUGGGUGUUAUAGUUCAGAUUGUCCAUACCUAUUGGUGUGUGUAUAUUUCAACUUGUCCAUACCUACUGGUGUGUGUAUAUUUCAACUUGUCCAUACCUAUUGGUGUGUGUAUAUUUCAACUUGUCCAUACCUACUGGUGUGUGUAUAUUUCAGAUUGUCCAUACCUAUUGGUGUGUAUAUAUUUCAACUUGUCCAUACCUAUUGGUGUGUAUAUUUCAACUUGUCCAUACCUAUUGGUGUGUGUAUAUUUCAACUUGUCCAUACCUAUUGGUGUGUGUAUAUUUCAACUUGUCCAUACCUAUUGGUGGGUGUUAUAGUUCAGAUUGUCCAUACCUACUGGUGUGUGUAUAUUUCAACUUGUCCAUACCUAUUGGUGUGUGUAUAGUUCAGAUUGUCCAUACCUAUUGGUGUGUGUAUAUUUCAGAUUGUCCAUACCUAUUGGUGUGUGUAUAUUUCAAAUUGUCCAUACCUAUUGGUGUGUGUAUAUUUCAACUUUUCCAUAGCUAUUGGUGUGUAUAUAUUUCAGAUUGUCCAUACCUUCUGGUGUGUAUAUUUCAACUUUUCCGUACCUACUGGUGUGUGUGUCUAUAUUUCAAUUAGUCCAUAUCAAUUGUGUUCAUAUUUCAACUUGUCCAAACCUACUGGUGUGUGUUUAUUUUAACUUGUCCACACCUAUUGGUGUUUGUAUAUUUCAACUUGUCCAUAGCUACUAGUAUGUGUAUACUUCAAGUUGUCCAUAUAUAAUGGACUGUAGAUAAUUCAAUUUGGCCUAACCUUCUGGGUGUGUAUAAUUUGACCAUACAUUUAAAGUGUGUUAUGUUAGUUCCUAUGAAGUUGUCUCAAAACAACUGAGCCAUAUGUUUACUUUGAAAUUGUUACCUGGUACUUAUAAAAUUGUUUAGUUGCUCACUGUGAAAUAGACUACCUGUGCCUAGUUGCUCACUGUGAAAUAGACGACCUGUGCCAGCGAUCAUUUUUGUUUGGAAUAUUAACAAAAAAAUUGUUUGACCCUUUGUGUUGUAGAAACCUAAUCUUGGCAUGUACCCACUUCAGUCUGUGCCAUCACAGCUUUUGUGAGAAUGGCAAAGUGGUUUGUUUCAGAGAAUAUUAAAUCCAUUCAUAAAUAACUAUAAUUCCUAAAUGUCAGAAUAAGAAUAAUGUUGUUCUCCUUACAUACAGUUAAAGUUUUUAAAUCUUUGCUACUCCUGGGAUUGAGAAGGGGUAUAUUUUUUAUUCUCAAUAAUUUAUUCUCAACAAUUGGUGUGUCCAAAGAAUAUUUAUUAGUAUUGCCUCAAUGAAAUGCUGUACAUUUAAGCAACAUUUUGAAAGGAAUGUCUCCAAAAUAUCCUGUAAGAAUAAACGAACCAAUUAUAUUCUUGUAAAAAAAAAUUCAAUAACCUUUAACUUCCUGUUUCUUUCAACUCAUUCAGAACAUUAAAUCCCCCACCCCCUCCCCCCAAUUUGUCCCCUCCAAAACCUUUUUUAAAUAGAGCCAUACUAUUUCUACAUCUUCUGUUCCAUACUUCCAUGACAUUUUUUGUAACAGUUCUAAUGAUAUAAAUUUCAAUGUCAGGCUUUGUGAGAAUCAAGAAACUAUUCCAAAUGAGAUAGCCAUGUGUAAGCUAUAGGGCGUUAGCUAUCUAGUAUCUGUUGCUUACUCAAUUUUAUUUAUUGUCCCACCGUGGUUCAGAAAAAAGAUGGCUGCAACAAGAUGACCUGCACCAACUGCCGUGCCUUCUUCUGCUGGCUGUGUCAGCAGGAGCUCUCCAAGGCCAACCCGUACGCACAUUACCAGCACCCCACAUCGCCUUGUUCCAACAGACUUUUUGAAGGGGUGGAGCUGCAUGAUGAAUUCUUAGAAUUUCUAGACGAUGAUCUUGACAGCACCGACGAGGAUGAAGACGAUGAUGACGUUGACAUCGAUCAUCUGUAGUGGGAAUGUCGGUGCCAGAGGUUUGUUGGAUCAUCCUCAACAUUUAGAACAUGAAGCGGGCCUCAUCAAGGUCAUCUUAGUACACUCAUGUGCUCAAGUUUCUGCUCAUUUACCAAAGCCAUCAUUUUUUGUUAUUUCUGUAGCAUCUAUCAUGCAUGAAAUCUUUUUGGUGUUUUUAAUGGGCUUUUUAGUGUUCAAAUAUCUCUCUUUUUAAUUGUGGCCCAUUCUGUUACAAGUCAUCUCUCAAUGUAGUGUUGGUCACAUUGGUUUCUGUACUAAAUAAAUGUCAGACUAUAAAAUAAAUGAAAUGAUUCUUUGAAAAUAAAGUGUUUAAAUUCCCUACUGAGUUUUGUUCUGCAUUUUGCUUGGCCUAAUUAUAUGAGCGUACUUAUAGUGCAGGCAGAAAAGAACACCUUCAAAUCUGAUGUCCCAUUAGCCUUAUUAAACUUGAUGUCACUGAGGAAAAUAAUAGAAAUGAUUAGAAAGAGAUAAAUCAAAGGAAAAUUGAUAUUUAACAAAAAUUAACACCUAAAAUGCAUUAUUAUGUAUUUCACUUUUAUAUUAGAGUUUUUACAAGUUUCCUUCAUCCCUCUAAGAUUUUAGUUUUCUUACAUCCCAUGUAAAACGAUUCCAUAACUUAUAAUUUUCUUUUACAGGAAGUCUGAGGAAACAGAAGUUCUGUAGUAUUUUAUUCAAUAUAUGCAAUAAAAUUAUUAAGGAUUGAAUUAUUUGAAUCCUAAAAAAGAAAAUUAAAUAAAGCAUUUUACAUGGCAAAACCAUUAAUGACAAUCUAUCUCUAUUAGCCAGUAUUGAAAAUCAUUCAUCAAAACUUAGAAAAAAGUUUCAACAAUACAUUUAUAUGUAUUUCUUGGCUUGUUUCAGAAACUUGAAGGCUGCAAUCAUAUGAAAUGUAAUAUGUGUGGACAAAGCUUCUGUUAUCUCUGCGGAGACCUUUUGCCACGGGAAAAACCCUACGCUCAUUUUUCUGAUGAGGGCAGAACUUGCAACGGCAGGCUCUUUGAAAACUCUGAGACCCAAGAGGAGGAAGUUGACUUUCGGACGGUCUGGCCGUGGCGAGAUCUGAUGGAGCAAGUCCAAAGAGGCAUGUUUGAGGAUGCAGAUGAGUGAACUGGUGUAAGCUGUUGCCAAAGUCGACACAGAGCUGUUUUAGUGAAGUGUUUUAAACUGUUUUCAUGGCUCUCAUCUCAUGAGAGAUAACAUAAAGUGUGUUUAAGACUACAAAAAAAUUAAUAUUUCUUUAAUUUAACAAUGAAAUAACUGAAAUAGUUUUGAUAUAAUAUACCCUCCUAGAAUUGAUAUAGAAUUGCCGAUUAUUGUGAUAUUCAAUUGUAGUUAAUUCUGAUCAACUCAUGCGAUGUAGACAAAUAAGCUGUUGCAUUGAACGCGACAUAAGCAAAUGCUCAGCUCAAUGAAAGCUUCAGUUGCACAGCUUAAAAUCUCAAUGUCUCCAUUCUUGUGCCUGGUACCUUAACACAUUAAAAGACCCUGACAUUGGAUUUUUACAUCCUAUUUGAAAUCCAUGAUCUUGUUCAUCAGCAUUUUGUUACUAGUACAAGUUGUUGGUACGCCUCUUAGUGAAGUUGUGUGCAGCCUUGUUUUACAGCACAUACAACAGUGUUCAAUACAGAAGCUCAGGUCUCUUAGAUUAGAAUUAUAAAUAUAGGCUAGUAUGCAAUGUUCCCUCUAAGGUUUGUUGGUUCGUGUGCAAAAUCAUGCAGGUGUGUGCAAAGUUUUACAGCAUAAAUUUUUUUGUGUGCAAAACUUUACAGCCCACAAACACAAACUUACAUGGAAAUUUGCUGCGUGGAUACUCAAAACUGCUGCGCUGCGUCUGUGAGAUUGCUGCGCGGCCGUGCAGCUUAAAGGGAACGUUGCUAGUAUGUAACAUCUAAAUCUGUUGUAUGUGACCUGAAUGUUGUUUUGAAGGAGUGAAUGGUUUGAAUAUUAGGUUUAAUGGAAUAUUGGAACCAUCAAACUUAUUUUUAGCCUAAGGAUGAUUUCACCAGUAUCACUGUCAGAACAUUUGGUGUUUUCAAAAUUUUGUCAAUUUCAUAGUUUUUUUUUCAGAAUUUUAUUUUUGAUUAAUUAUAUUUUUAUACCAUAAUUAACAAACGCAAAGAGUAUUUUGCGUUUGUUCAUAACAGGACAGCACAAAACAAGUAACAUUUUAUUGAGAAAAAAAAAGUAUUUAAAAAAAUAUUCAAAUAUCUAACGUCAAAUAAUUUGUUAUUGGUAUUACUAAAUAUUUAAAAAUACAAUAUGCGCCAAAAUAAACAGUACUGAAAUGAGCACAUCAUGAACUGACAUAUAUGUUAGCGGGCAUGGCACCAGCCUCCGCCGUUCCCAGUAUUGAAAAGGAAAUAACCACUUGUGUUAUGCAUUUGUUGUUGGGAGUGGAUCUGUUGACGGAUAGUAUUCAUUGUUGAGUAUUAUGUAAAGAAGAGGUCGUGAAAGGGUCAUGAGUUUGAAAAGGUGAUGGAAACGAUUCAGAGAGAAAUUCAAAGUAUGGUAACACAGUUGUGCUGUUGUCUUGACAUUUCCCUCUUCUGGUUGUAGACAGUGUUAAGUGUUCUGCAGCAGAUGCUACCUUUGUACCAAUGUGGUCUAUCACAAACAGUCUUGACACUGAACUGUCUUGACACCGAAUGUUUUAAUGUAUAGGUGCAUUUCUGUAACAGAUACUGCAUGACAUAGACAGAUAGAAAUGCCAGGAUGGUGUAUUGUUGAACAUAUUUGGGCGCGAUAUUCAAAGAUUCAAAUGUCAUGGGGAAAUCUCUGAUUAAAGCCACAGUCACUUGGCUGGCUUCAUCAAUCACCAAACAACUCGCUUGAUUUUGAGGGGCUGUUGGUAUUAUCCAGAAACUUCUACAUCAUUUAGGCGUGACAAUAUAGUAUGACUAGCUGUGAAGAUUGGUCAAGCAAUGUGCCUGAGCUAAUUGUCUCCCUUUGGUAGAAGUCUGCAGCAACCUUAGUUGCAGGAUAUGUUUGAAAAUUGGCAUGUACAAUAUGAACAUUGUGAACAGCGAGGCGGUGCACUGUGAACAGCUAGGCGGUGCACUGUGAACAGCGAGGCGGUGCACUGUGAACAAUUACAUAAGGC